AAUAUUAAAUAAUUUUAAUUAUAUUUAAUUAAUAAAUAUUAAAUACCAUAUUUACUAUUUAAUAAAUAGUAUAUCUGCAACAAAAUAUGGGUGUCGUAGAUAUAGACAAAAUAAGAGGAGCAUUGUUAAGCAUGGGAUAUCGUCCCAAAGAAUCAUAUUUAGAAGCUAUCAUUAUGGAGACUAAUCAUUCGUUAAGUAACGCAAAUGAAGCCGUAAUGUUUUUGGCUCAAACAGCUCACGAAACUGGUGGAUUUCGAUACAUCGAAGAAAUAGCAUACGCUGGAACUGAUGAAAUUGCUUAUGAAUAUGGUUGGGGUGCACCGGGAAAAUCUUAUCAUGGGAGAGGAUUUAUUCAAUUAUCAUGGCCCGGUAAUUACGAACAGGCUUCAUUAAGCUUAGGAUAUGGUUAUAAAUUGUAUGAAAAUCCUGAGCUUGUAUCAAAAAAUGUUAAACUAGCUGCAAAAAUAUCAAUGUGGUAUUGGAAAACAAAGGUUAGACCUGUUGCUGGUGAUAUGAGCAAAUUUGGAUUGACAACUAAAGCAAUUAAUGGUG